GAUGUCUCAUCUUAGGAGCUUCGGGGACCGGUGUGCUUAGGGCACAAGAAAUGCAUACUCCUGCCUCCACUCCAGUGAGGAGAGGGCUUGAUUGGACGAAGGUGAGCUAUGGCAAAAGCGUUGGCGGUGGCGCGGGCAGGAUUUCGGCGGUUUUUUUCCAUAUCCGCCUUCACUCCUCCUCCUCCCGCAACCGUCCCGCCACCAGCAGAACCUUCGCCGAAUCUCUUCAUCUCAGGACUAAGCAAGCGGACCACUUCAGAAGGGCUAAGGGAAGCCUUUUCAAAGUUUGGGAAUGUCGUCAAUGCCAGAGUUGUAACUGAUCGAGUUUCGGGUUACUCUAAGGGUUUUGGUUUUGUGAGAUAUGGUACAAUUGAAGAAGCUGCUGAAGGCAUUAAGGGCAUGGAUGGCAAGUUUCUUGAUGGUUGGGUUAUAUUUGCUGAGUAUGCAAAACCAAGGCCACCGCCACCUUCUCAGGCUCAGCCAUCACAGCCCCCACUGAACGUUAGUUCUUCACCACCAAUCAACCACACAACCCAGACAACGCAGUCUUGGUCUACUUACCAGUCGACUCAGGCAUCAGAGCCUCUUCCGAGCCAUUCUAACCAUACAUCUCAGGAAACACAGACUCCAUCAAACUAUUCUUACCGUUCAACUCAGACAUUGCAGUCUCCGCCAAGUUACAAUUCCAACUAUUCAUCUGAGGUGCCACCACCUCCAUCAAGCUUUCCAUCAGUUCGGGCUUCAAACUAUUCACAGGAUUCAGAAUCUCAAUUGGGCUAUUCGGGGUCGCCACCGCCAUCUAUGUAUGCUCCACAGGCCUCACAGCCUCCAAAUUAUCAACCAUCAAGCCAUGUAUCAGCACCAACAUUUAACUUUCCUCCUCAAGACUCAAAUCCUGAAAAUCCAUCGAGUCAAUCAUCUAGCUGCCGGCAUCAACAAACAGAGGCUUAGUUUGGGACGGCUUUCUUUCUGCUUCUUAAAGUAAUUUUUUAGUACAAAAAUUAAAAAAUUUGUACUGAAAAGCUGCUUUAAGAAACAGUAAAAAAGCCGUCCCAAACAAAGCCAGCGUAUGAAUCAAGCACCUAUAAAUAAUUUUUUUCAAAAUUAUGAGAAUCCAUCAGGAAAUGCAGCACACCAACCAAAUAUUAGACAUCCAGGCCUACAUCUGACUUUGAAUAUAUCAUCAACAAACAGAUUCUGAAUCAAUGUCUUCCAAAUAAUUUUCCUCAUAAGACAUCCAGGUCUGCAUCUGACUUUUGAAUCUGGUUUGUCAAUUUCCUAUUAAGAUGAACCUUUGCUUUCCUCUUAGUAGAAAGUUAUUUUGUGUAGGGAAGCAGAUCAUUCAGACAAACUGAACUUAAUGAGAUGCUUUAAGAAGACAGGUAUUGAUGCACUGAGAUAUUAAUUUUAAGAAAAGAAUUUACAUUUUUGCAAUUCUUUAUAUUUCAGUUUCGUUCUAUGCA